AUGGAUGAAUUCAGACGGGUUGUUGUUGACUGCGGGAGACGUUCCAUUGGAGACGGCCUGAGAAUUCCGGAAUAUCAACGUUGCUUCUGUGUAGAGUUUGGUGAACCAGUAGCUUCUGAGUUCGAGAUCUCUUUCAUAAACGAUGUUGAGACAGUUGCGCAAACAAAUGGCAGAAUCUUCACGAAGAAGGUUCUUGGAGUCUCUCAGGCCAAUCCAGAUGUUCGAGAGAACUUCCUUGAUGUAUUGGUAGAGCAUUGCCGGAGCAUUCUCGGCAAGGGAGCUGAUGAUGAGAAUGGCUGCGUGUUUCUUGUUUUCCACCUUUUCCGCAACUAG